CACAAGGAUGCUGUGUAGCAAGAAAACUGUCAUAGGGUCAGAUCAGUGAAAUUAUUGUUGAACGUUAUUUACAUGUAAUCUUCAGAAAAAUCCUCCAUUUGCACUGAAAAACUAUGUUACAAUAAUCCAAAUAGAAUCAACUGUGCGGUUAGUGUGAUUGUGAAUCCAAAACAGUCCAAGUACCCUACAAAAUGACCCAAAAACGGUUUUCUGAUCCCGAGUGGUGAAAAUGCUUGUAACAAGAAGUGAUUAUUUUAUUUCUGAAAAGUGUUGCUCAAUGAAAAAAAGUGUUAGAAUAAUCGCAGUUAUAGAUGUAUCUCUCGAAGGAAUAUGAAUAAAUGGAAUUGUAAGCACAUAUGAUGUUGAAAAUGAAAUGUGUAUAAAAAUCGUUCAUAUCUGAAUGAGUUGAUAAGUGUUAAAUGUGGCCGCAAAUGCGCCUUCAACCUAAACCAUGUAUUUUGUUAUGGAUUUAUAUUUGAUCGUACUAUGUCUAUUGGUGAUAUGCAUUAGAGAUAGCUUGCAAGGACCCCACGAGAAACGAUUGCUGAAUCAUCUUUUGGCAACGUAUAAUACGCUCGAGCGUCCAGUUGCAAAUGAAUCCGAAGCCCUACAGGUGAAGUUUGGAUUGACGUUGCAGCAAAUCAUUGAUGUGGAUGAGAAGAAUCAGAUUCUUACCACAAACGCGUGGUUAAAUUUGGACGAGAAGAAUCAACUACUUGUAACCAAUAUUUGGCUUUCUUUGGAAUGGAACGACUAUAACUUGAGGUGGAAUGAAUCUGAAUACGGUCAAGUCAGAGACUUAAGAAUCACACCCAAUAAACUGUGGAAGCCCGAUGUUCUGAUGUAUAACAGUGCUGAUGAAGGGUUCGAUGGAACAUACCACACGAACAUCGUGGUUAGAAAUAAUGGUAGUUGUUUGUAUGUACCACCUGGUAUCUUCAAAAGUACUUGUAAAAUAGACAUCACGUGGUUCCCAUUUGAUGAUCAACACUGUGAAAUGAAAUUCGGCAGUUGGACGUAUGAUGGAAAUCAGCUCGAUCUGCAAUUAAAUUCUGAUGAUGGAGGUGAUCUAUCCGAUUUCAUCACUAAUGGAGAAUGGUAUCUGAUAGGAAUGCCAGGGAAGAAAAACACUAUUACAUAUCAAUGCUGCCCCGAACCUUAUGUUGACGUAACUUUUACCAUACAAAUUCGCAGACGCACAUUAUACUAUUUUUUCAACUUGAUUGUGCCAUGUGUCUUAAUUUCAUCGAUGGCUUUGUUGGGUUUCACGCUACCACCGGACUCUGGAGAAAAGCUUACAUUAGGCGUGACCAUUCUACUAUCCCUUACUGUAUUCCUGAACUUAGUGGCGGAAACAUUACCUCAAGUAUCCGAUGCGAUCCCUUUGUUAGGUACAUAUUUCAAUUGCAUCAUGUUCAUGGUUGCAUCGUCUGUAGUCCUCACGGUGGUGGUUUUGAAUUACCAUCACAGAACGGCGGAUAUUCAUGAAAUGCCUCCAUGGAUUAAGUCAGUAUUUCUUCAAUGGCUGCCUUGGAUUCUGCGUAUGGGACGUCCCGGUAAGAAAAUUACCCGAAAAACCAUAUUGAUGUCAAACCGGAUGAAAGAGCUCGAGCUAAAGGAACGAUCCUCCAAAUCACUACUUGCUAACGUGCUGGAUAUUGAAGAUGACUUCAGACAUACUACUGGUGGAAUCACCGGUUCCACUACUGCAAUAAGUACAUCCGGAUUUUCAAGACCAACAACAGUUGAAGAGCACCAUUCAAUGUCUGGUUGUUCCCACAAGGAUCUGCAUCACAUCUUGAAGGAAUUGCAAUUCAUUACGAACCGAAUGCGGAAAGCAGACGAAGAAGCAGAAUUAAUCAGUGACUGGAAAUUCGCCGCCAUGGUUGUUGACAGAUUCUGCCUUUUUGUAUUCACGUUGUUUACGAUAAUUGCUACAGUCACUGUGUUACUAUCAGCUCCACAUAUAAUAGUGCAAUAAAAACGAAUUAAAUUUUGAUAUAAGAACUUGUUAUAUAGGUGAUCUAUUAAAAUUUAUAAGAUUUUUUAAAAAGAAAUCAUGUAAAUCAAGUUAGAAGUUAAUUAGACUAUUAAAAUAGAUUUUAAUAAAAACAAAAUUGAUCAGUUUAAAACUGCCGACAAAUAAUGAUGAACGACAAAAUCUAAAACAUCACAAGUAAACAUCGGAUGAAUACGUAUAGAUAAAAAUGAAUCGAUAAAAAAUAUUUUUUUAAAAACACAACUGAUUUGAUGGAAUAAUAUCUUUUAAACAUUAAUCCUCAAAAGAACUCAAGCAACUGUUCCUGCAAUCAUUACCAAAGCACUAUUGGAAAAUUACUGAUGAGUAGCCUAUUCAAGAGCAUCAAGAUAGAGCGAGACAGAGAGAGAGAGCUGAAGGCAAGCACGCACGACGAAGUCUACUGUUGCGUCAUCGAGAUAUACUCCACCAUCUAAGGAACUUGAAGAAUUCAAAGAAAAAGGACCGUCAACGGGAGAAACACAAGGAUUAUGAUCAAUCAUAGAGAAUGAAAACAAUAACGCUAAGUGUAACGUUAUCGCGACAGGAAAUGGAAUUCAUGCACUAUACCGUUAGCCGCAUAGCAGAGAAAAGAACGCUCUUUUCAACGUAUAGUAAAAUAUAUGCUAGAAUAGGGUUAGUUUUAACGCAAUACAAAUAGGGAUUAUCAAUAAACUAUUGAAAGAGUCAUCUAUAUGUAGAUGGUAAAAAGUUACAUCUGAUUUAAAGAUUACAAGCAGAUCAAAGCGUAUAUAUUUCGGAUAUACGCGUAUAACAGUUGUUCAAUAACAGAACUACCGAUACGAACGAGUAGAACUAUUACAAAUUACAUACAGCGACAUCUGGAAACACACGAAUUAUCUCAGUAUAACUGAAAAAGGAAUAAAUUACGUGCACUGUUUCGUAAAGAAUUUAGUUGAUAAUUACGUAUAAGUUUACCAAUACUAAACAAUAAUAGUGGAAUAUAAAUAGUAUUAUCAAAAAUAUCUAUAUUCACAUCUGUUGACAAUCCUGCUCAAAAUUUAAUAAAACAAAAUUGUGCUAAUCGAAGCGAAUACAUCGUGUAUUAAAAUACAUACGCAGUCAGUCACUACGAAUAAUGUGGCUGGUAGUUUGGUUGAUAACUUCAAUUAAAAUGCAAAGCAUAGCUUGCAAAAGCAACAAAAUAAACUUUUGAAGUUUCGUGCGAACAAAUUUUAUUUGAUGUUUUUAUACUGAAUAUUUUCAUACUUUUAACACCGCGUGAAAGGUAGUGUCAUUUUCGUCUAUAGGCAAAUGUGGCUUACUUUUUCGAGCGUUUAACGAUUUUUUUAAACAGAAGAUUAACUCUAUAUUUCUGAGCCAAUUUACCAAAGAUUAAGUUUCAUUUAUCUAUACCGACUAAAAACCAUCCUGAUCUGAAUCCAAAUGUAACGCUUCUUGAUAAUAUACUGAUAACAAUAUUUUCUACAAUCAAGAUAAUCCAAAACAUUAUAGUAGUUUAUCAUAUGGAUUCAGAACUGAAUUAUGGUUGCUCCUAUCUACGAUUAAAAUAAUUACAUAGGUGUUGAUCGAAUCGAAAAUCAAAAAAAAAUUAGUUAUCAGACUAUGGUAUCUGAAAAAAGGCAUACUAGAAAUGCAAACAUUAUCAUCAUCGGAGCCUUCGAUCACUUUUCGCAAAACUUAAUAUAUCGUGUACACUCAAUAAUGAAAUGUUAUCAUAUGUAUCUCAUUUAAUACAGUAGCAGAGUUAUUGAAUUUGCGAUCGCACUUGGCUCGUGAUUACAGCACCCUAUACUGCAGCGUACGGCCUUCCUUCGGGAAUGGCUGUUACCCCAAGUAUUCUGCAUAGCAUAAAUGCAUAUUACAUAUAUCGACACCAACAAAUGCAGUAGAAAAUCAAAAUAAUUCAAUGCAAAACAAUACUCACAGUUCUAUUAGCUUGAAUGAUCAAUAUCCAAAAUUCUCAUUACAAAUCACAUGCAAGGAACGAGAGAGAAUCUAUAACAACAAGAUUUGCAACAAUAUGAAUUGCUCUAAAUUACAUACUUUGUGUUAAACGGAAUAAAAACAUUACAGCGAUGAUAUACUUUCUCGAAUGAUUGACAAUAAUGCUUUUCAACUAUCUACUCUCAUCUUUCCAACAAGAAGAAUAAAUAAUCAAAGACACCACUAAACGCAAAUUAGAAAUAAGAAGCAUUUUAAGCGAAUAUGUGCUCAGAUUCAAUUAUUUUAAGUCCAAUUCCUACAGUUAAAAAAAGUUUGAAAAGUUUUAUAGUUUUUUUUUUUUGUUUUACAGGGUGACAAAAAAGUCCGGUCGCACAGGAAAAUCUCCAUAUUUCAAAGAAUCAUCAGAAUCAAUCAGAAAAUCUGAAUCUAGCUUUUAUAGCUUUAUUCAGUAACUCAUAAAGAUACUUCACAGACGAUAUCUUAGGAUAACACCACCUUUCUCUGAUCGAACCAGCUUCAGACGUCUCGGAAAGUCGUCGCAAGCGAUGCGCACGUGCUCCAUCGGCAUCUCGUCCCAGAUCUUUUUCAGCCUUGGAGUUCUCACAGACCUUGGUCGUCCAGAUCGUGCCUUGUCCUCGGUGUCUCCGGUCUCCAGGUACCGAUUUAUGGUCCGGUACACGAAUUUUCGGUUGAUUCCGAGCGGUUUUAGGUGUUUGAAUAUGUGUCCGGGUUUGUACCCUCUCACAUAUUCAGCGAUAACAGCUGCUCUUAACUCUGCCAAGGCUUACAACUCAAUGUAAACAAACUGCACAGACACGAAACUCUGCCACUUUGGGCAGCAAAGAUAGCCCUUUCAUUUGAAAUAUAGAUGGCAUCAGAGAGAUGCAACGUGUAGGCUUUAGGCGACCCCAAAAAAGUGUGACCGGACUUUUUUGUCACCCUGUACAAGAAGCGUCAAUAUGUAGACGGAAAACUUAUGAAGACAUGAACAGGUACAGUUUUCGAUUGUACACAAAAACUUUUAAAUGUCUUAAAAUGAUCUUUUUACAGUUCUGUGAAAUUGGAAAGAUUUUUUUUUGAUAAAAUCAGCUGGUCAAAGUGAAAACUUGUGCUUCAAUACUGUAAAAAAAUUGCAAAUAAAUAGCUUACUUCAUCACAAAUUUGUUAGAUCUGUUCAUUCAGAUAAGGCAUGUUUAAUGCAUAGCUAGGCGUUAUUAGUUUCUGGAGUUUUUUUUUCGAUUUUUUUAGGAAAACGUCUCUAAACAAAUAAAAACGUCUGUUGGAAGGACUGAAGGGUCGGAUAAAAAUUGUAUGGAAAAUGUUUCAUCGUAAGUCGGCAUGAACUUUUUCAUCAAUUUGGCAGAGGAACGCGUUUUAUUUCCGGCUUUCUGUAAUGUUUUUUGGAGAGAUGAGAGAUAUAAAGUUGACGUACUUGAACAUUUAUAUUUUACUAAGCUAUCUUGAAGACCUAAAUCCCGAUUUAGGGAGUUAUUUCUUCAACUGACAGUUUUGAAAAGUACAAUCUCUUAACCCUUCAUUUCAUAAAGUUACAAAUUCGCAACAGUUAAUGUAUGGAAAAAUAGAAAAAUCGUAUUUUAUUUUAAAUUUUUUUUCUUGAUGAAUACAACUGUUUGAGAAAACUGUUUGAGGAAAAAUAAAAAAUCAUGAAACGAAUGAAGUUAAAAAUGAGUUAAAAUCAAAACAAUUAAAUUAAACGGGUUUGCUGGAUCUUAGUCCUAAAUAUUUUAUGCUUUUAUGAAUGACAUGAAGACGACUGUGUUCUAAACGAAAACUAAUAUCUUUAUGUGCAUUUGCUUUUCAAAAUUAUAUGGUUAGGUACAAAAGGUACCGAAUACCAUACCGGAUUUGAACGGAUAAAUAAAAUUGAAGAAUUUGCUUGCUUCAGUAUUAACAUGUAAAAAUUACUGAAAAUAUAAAACCCUGGUUCUAAUAUAUGUUUAAAUUAAAAACCGAAAACAUAUGUUAAAAAUCUGGAACGUUAAAAUUUUCAUAAUUUUUUAAAAUCACUUAUGUAUCCUAGAUUUUGUAAAAUGUACCGAGAAUUUCAGCAUCUGGUGGAAAGCAAAAGAAGCUCAUCCCAAUAAAAAAUUUAAACCAAAAAAACUUAGUAAAAAAUGAUAACGAGUUCGAAGCACAGUACCACCAAGGUAGGUUUCUCAUAAAAUAUACAGGAUGUAUAUAGGGAUCUUAGUAUAUGGACAGCUGCCAUCUGUGCAGCGAAAUGACUAGUCUGUACUCCGCGUUGUAAGGUAUCAUUUCUAUUAUUAUCGUCAAUCGACUGUCUGACAUUAGACACAGAGAACGUAUAUCAUCGAGAAAAAAAAUGAUUUAAACAACCAAAGAGAAUGAACAUCAUUUAAAUUUAAAUAUAAAAGUUUAUCGAAUAAAUGAAAAUAUCUGCAUUGUCUGCAUUUGUUACAUUUGGUUAGACUGAAUCCCCAGAUUUCAUUUCUACCAUUUAUCAUUGAGUUAUUAUAAGUGUUCGAACUUUCUAAAUUUCGUUGAAACCAGAAUGUCGACGAUAAACUCGUGAAAUUUCUAAUAUAAGAUCGGUUGUUAGAAGAACUGUUAACGUUGCUCAUCGUACAGUUUACGUUUCCAGUAAUUGUACAUAUGUAACAACAAACAUUCGUUUUGUGUUGUUUUAGUGUAACGGUGAUCGAUCAUUGAAAAUCUCGUGUUACAAGAUGUUGCUAGACGAUAUAGUACGAUGCAAGCUUGCAGUUUGCUUCAUAAUUUAACUUUGUUGACAAUGACAGAUGUAAAUAAAAAAUAAAUAAAACUGCUGAAAAUUCACGUAUAACUGAUCGAAGUAAUUUGGUGUGAAACUAAAUAGAUCUAAUUCAAAAUGAAUCAAUAAAUAAAACGCAAAUCAUUAUAAAUGCCUGUCAUCGGAUAAUGAUGUUAGCAAAAUUAGUUUCGUCACAUUGACGAUUUUAUUAAAAGAAAGACACGUAAACAUAAAAGAGGAAUAAAUAAAAGGAAAUAAUUUUGAAAAAAGGUAAAACCCGUUAGAGCAAGUAUUAGUUAGCAAAAGAAAACUAUUUAUGAAUGUUAUGUAAGAGAAUGUUUUGGAUAAAAUUUAAAACAGAUACACACUAUUGAAUUGAAUGUUUGGCUGGUACAAAACAUUUAUACACUCGAAGAUGUAGUCACAGCCCUAAACAUUUGUAUAAAUGUUUAUAAUAUAUAUAAGUGCAUCUAUGUAGGGUAUUUUUACAAGAUUUGUUUAGUAUGUUGCAAUAUGACAAAAUGAGAUAUUAUUACGUAUACACAAAAUUGGAAUAAAAAUAACUCUGAAAGCA